CUUAUAGCCACAGUCCUCUCCCCUUCCUCCAUCAGUGGGGUUACCACUGUGCUCCUGUCUAGGAAACAAGAAAGGCGGUGCCUUCACCAAGAAGUAAGGCUAAAUUGCAAGCUUUAGGUGGACCUUAUUCAAAUGGCUCAACAGCCCAGCCCAAGAGCCCUGGGUCCCCCUGGGGAAGAGGAUGUUGCACCAGACAGCCAAACCCAACUACAGCCUGUCAGACCUCGGCCAGUUAGAUCCCGGAGAAGAAGGCGUAGGCAGGCAGCUCCUGCAUCCCGAGAAGAAGAUGAACCUAGGACCUUUCAAGUCUACAAAUUUAGCAGUCGUGCUCCACCUGUGAGUGGGCAUGGUAGUGGUGGAAGCUCUCGGACUCCUGCACUGCCUGAUGAUGGAAAUGUUAUGGGAAUGAUGGCUAGGUCUGCCAGAUACUGGGUGAAGCGAGAACCUCCUCAAUGUUGGGUCAGAGGCUGCACCUGUGCUUGUUCAGAGACUGAUCUAGAAGAAGGUCAUCCUUCUAGAUCUAGGCCACAUCAUCUAGGUGAAGACAACAGCUCGACCUCCAUGAUUAGAGGGGAAUUAUUUUCAGAGGAUGAAGACAAUGAUGGGAACACUGGGACAGCCAGCUCUUGGGCUGGUGUUAGAAGUGAUGAUCAUCCCAGGAGUUUUGCAGAGGAGUAUUCACUGGUUCCCUUAAGCAGACGAAAGCAGUACUCUGCCCAGACUUUUCAUGAGGCAGUAGAAAGAUUUUUAAGAGGGUUCUGAGCUUUGGCACAUCUGUUUUGAAUUUGGGAGCCAAAUCUGUGGAGAUGCAAAUGCCUGUCAUCAUGUGCACCGUUUAUUGUAACACAGGCUGAAGCUGGCAAAAAAGCCAUGAAGGUUCAAAUAGAGCAAUAUACUGAGCUUUACUAUUAGAUUGACAGACAAAGUUAUUUGCAUUCCAGUUUUGUCUCCUUGAUAUGUGUUGCUGUCGUCUUCAGGAGCUUAAAAACCUUUAGCAAUCAUAAGGCAUUAAAAAUGGGAAAAUUACUUUGAGUCUAAGCUAAUGUAAUGAUUAUUUAUUUUGCAAUUUAAAGUUAUAGAGGCAAAAUGCAGCCUUUUUUUGAAUUUCUCAGCAGUGGAGGCUCUUCUAUUUAAUAACUGCUUGAAGGAUAUUUGGAAUUCAAAGCUUUUGUUUAUUCCAGUAUUUCCUUUCACUAAAUGCUUUAAUUUACUCUAUAGAGGCCUAGAGGGUUUGGUAUUUUUAUUGGUGUGUUUUUUCUUUAACUUGAUCUAAAUCUAAAAAUUGUAUUCUACUGCAUAUGUUUGAUUAUUCAUAUAUAAGCAGUUAUGUAUGAUAAUGUGAGAUAGCUAGAGCACAAUCUGCUUAAAAAAAAUCUCACACCCUUCAGCUGUUAAUUUGUCACAUGAAUUAAAAAUUAAAAAAAAU